GAACCUCUGUUAGAAAAUGUACAGAUAUAAAGAAGCCAAAAAAUAGUAUCAUCGGAACAUUUAUUCAUCCAUCGGUGCUGUCGGCACGGAAAAGGAGCAAGAUUUUGUUGAAGAGCAUUGAUAAACAGCACUGCUUUCUCAUUCUAAGAAGUGGAGGUGUUUUACUGCAUAAUCAUCAAAGCUUUGGAAGCCUUUACUGUUCUCACUGGUGUGUGAGUGUCACAGUGUCCAGCAGCAUGGCCCCCUCACUAACCACAGCUUUCUCACGCCGCUGGUGGAUGGCUGUAACGGCGGUGAUUGAGAGUCUGCUCUUCUCUGCUGUACUUCUGGGAUGGGGCUCGUUACUCAUCAUGCUGAAAUCAGAGGGCUUCUACUCCUCCCUGUGCAAAGAACCAGGCAACCAUACAAUGCAGAAUGUGUCUGAAGGGAGUCAGGCAGCAAACAAUAGUGAAGAGUUCUUGCAAAUAAAUGGCUGGCCCAUUUGUAAAGAUCAGGAUGAGAUGUUGAAUCUGGCAUUCACCAUUGGCUCCUUCCUUCUGAGUGCCAUUACACUCCCUCUGGGUAUCAUCAUGGACAAAUAUGGACCACGCAAACUUCGCCUGCUUGGCAGUGCCAGUUUUGCCUUCUCCUGUAUCCUGAUUGCUUAUGGAGCCAGUGAUCCAAGAAAUCUCUCAGUGCUGAUCUUCUUUGCUCUGGCAUUGAACGGGUUCGGGGGCAUGUGCAUGACCUUCACCUCCCUCACACUUCCCAACAUGUUUGGUGAUCUACGCUCCACGUUCAUUGCACUCAUGAUUGGCUCCUAUGCUUCUUCUGCUGUCACUUUUCCAGGCAUUAAGGUGAUCUAUGACCUGGGCGUGGCAUUUAUCACCAUCCUGCUUGUCUGGGCCGGCUGCGCUGGCCUGGUCUUCAUCAACUGCUUCUUCAACUGGCCUCUGGAGCCCUUCCCUGGACCAGAGGACAUGGACUACAGUGUGAAGAUCAAGUUCAGCUGGCUGGGCUUUGACCAUAAGAUCACAGGCAAACAGUUUUACAGGCAGGUCACCACGGUGGGCCGUAGACUCAGUGUGGGGAACUCCAUGAAAAACCAACCCAAAAUGCUGGCCACACAGGAUGGAAACAAGAUCUGCUUGUCCACUGUUGACCUAGAUGUGCAGUGCAAGACCUCAGAGGAAUCCCAGUCAUUCAUGCAUAGUGUCUUCAGCCCCAUCUUCCUGCUCAGCCUCAUCACCAUGUGUGUCACUCAGCUGCGACUCAUCUUCUACAUGGGAGCCAUGAACAGCAUCCUGGAGUCCUUUACAGAAGGAGACCUCAGCACAGUGAGCACAUACACCUCUAUCUUUGGUGUGCUACAGCUGCUGUGUCUCUUGACCGCUCCAGUGAUUGGCUACAUCAUGGACUGGAAACUAAAAGAGUGUGACGACAAUAAUGAGAAACAAAUCACCAAAGACCCCACCCAGCCAAAGAGGCGUGAUAGGCAGAUCCAGCAGAUUAGCAAUGCCACCAGAGCCUUUAUCUUCACAAACAUGCUGCUGGUGGGCUUUGGGAUCACCUGCCUGAUCCCAAACCUGCCUCUACAGAUCUUGUCCUUUAUAUUGCACACCAUCGUAAGAGGUUUUAUCCAUUCUGCCGUGGGAGGACUAUAUGCUGCUGUGUACCCCUCCUCUCAGUUUGGCAGUUUGACAGGACUGCAGUCUCUGAUCAGUGCUCUCUUUGCUCUUCUGCAACAGCCUCUCUUCAUGGCCAUGAUGAGCCCGUUAAAGGGAGAUCCUCUCUGGGUAAAUGUGGGGCUGCUGGGUCUCAGCAUGCUGGGCUUCUGCCUCCCUGGCUACCUGCUCUGGUAUGGCAAGCAGCUGCACAGGCAAAAACAGGAACAGGAGGAUGACCCUAAGAUCUAUCUCAAGAUCAACAAUGGCAAUAACCAAGAGGCCUUUGUCUGAACAUGGACUCACACAUGUACGGCACCAGUCAGACUGAGAGCCAGGAGGCAACAGAGAGGAAAGGAGAGAGGAAUGAAAAUUUCAACCAGUGUAAUUCAAAUAUCCUCUUUCCCUUAUCCAUCUCUAUCAGUGUUCAACUAUUCCUACACACACAAACAGAAACACAGACGUAUAGACAAAGCAGCAAAUACUGUUGAAAGUGACAAUGUGCCACCCAAACAUGCUUACACACUCUGUAGUCUCAGUACCAGAUUCUCUGGAUAAACCAGAAGCAUCUGGUUACUGGAAAAUGUUCCUUUAGAAUUAAAAUAGUGUUGUCGGUGUAGCUGGAAUUCUCUUAUGGAUUAUGGGUAUCUCGCUACUCCAUCUAGCCCUCUCUUAGUUUACUGUCCAUCAUAUAAACUGAGAUAACCAACCAGGUUAAUCAAUAAUACCUUUGUUUUUAGGUAUGAUUACCAUAUUGGGAGCAAUUUACCAAUCCCUGUUCGAUUUCUUGCCUCGUUUUCCGAUCCUGACCUACGUGGCUAGAAUAAAAUGAAAGGAGGAUUAAUUCCAUAGCGAUGAUAUCAAACAAAACAAUAUUGUUUCUCCCGGAUUAUUUCCUAUUGGGCUGGAUGAACACUGUGACUCCCAAGUGAAAAACCUGUGAUGCUACCUGCACUGGCUGUCCUCUCAUACACAACAACUUAUCAAAGAGCUCAUAGUACUCUUGAAUAAAACUGACAUGGGCCCACAUACACACUACCUAUCUGGUUUGACAUGUCAAGGGUGUGCAAAGAAAGAGGAAAGUAGAGAAGAAACUCCAAAAAGACAUGUCAUCCUGUCCUGUCUUUCAGGAUUUCUAAAAAUCAGGUUCCUGUUCGUCAGACUAUGGACAUAUGGAUAUACAGUACAGUAUUAAGACUCGGUAUGAACUCCUCCAGUUGAACAGCAUGCUUAAGCAACAAAAGAGAAAAAGACUGCUACAAGUGUUGUCAGACAUUGUUGUAUUGUUGCCAGUAAUUACGACUCUAACUUCAGUUAUGUGACUUCACAUUUCUGGUUCCUCCAGUGUUUACAAUGAUCUUAUUAUCACAAAAGCUGAUCCUAGCCAAACGCUCCUGCUUUGAGAUAUUUCACGAAUGCACACCAGGCCAGAUCUAGCAGCAUGCCAUACACAAGGAGUGGGCAAAAUGGUGAAAAUAUCAUAUUGCGAUAUUUGAAGACCUCUUCAACAUAUUCAUUUUAUAUCAUUAUAUUUUGUUUUGCUGAAAUUUAACAAGACAGUAGAGUCAUAUUAUAAAAUAUUCUGAGAUAUACACAUAAUUACAGUAUUUAAUAAGGGAAAAGGAAACGACUGGUAGAAAAGUGUUUUUUUUUUCUUAAAUGUCAAAUCAGUUACAGCAAUAAUGAAGAAACAAUGACUCUUGACACUACUCACAGUACUCAUGAAAGUGUAUCAUGAUCUUAAUAUAUCGCAAUAUCGAUAUCAUAUUAUCAUAUUGCCCAACCUUACUAGCCACAGCACAGCAUGGCCAUGAGACUGCAGCUUUUCCUGAAUGGAGCAUAUCUGAGACACGGUGCAUGUACUUAAUUAAAAUCAUGUUAAACAGUAUUCUUUAUAAAAUUAAUGCUUCUUUUUAAGAUCAGUUAAAGAUGCAGCAUUUAGUCUCUGAUGAUCUGAUCUGAUCGGACAAUUAGCAAUGCAGCAUAGAUUGCUGUGUGAUGUGUUUUGCAAUAUAUUUCAGUUUCCAAUUAUCAGACUGUUGCAAUAGACAUAUAACUCUAAAGUCAUGCUUUGUUUAUAAGUGGCUCAUGGACGGUUACUUGAUAGUAAAUAAGUGACUGUAAAGAAACUAAAAAGGAAUUACACAUAGUACAACAGACUGAAUUUCACCAGCAAUAACGUGUAACACUAUACUGAAUAGUUUUUAAACUGUAGGUAUUGUACUGAUUACCAGUGUGUUGUGUGUUUCCACCCACCUGCUCAUUCAGUAUUGAAUUAUACAGUCUGUUGUAAAGAUUAACAUGCUAGCUAUAAUAAUAAUUAUUAUUAUUAUCAUACAUGUUUUGUUUUAUAUUUUUGGUGAAAACAAUUAGACUAGUAAAAAUGUUUUAACCUGCAAUGUGGCAUGACCCCAUUCAAGUUUUGCUCCAUCUCAUGACUGUUUGUGUUUAUGGAGAGAGAUAAAAUGAGAGACAUGAUGGUUUUGGUCGAAAAUUGAGGAUUUAGUUUGCUUCUGCUAGUAUUUACAGUGUAUGUGUGCUAAAAUCCUUCUCCAUACACAGCCAUCUAAGACCAAUGCACAAAGAGUUGUUUAGGCAGUCAGUCACCUUUGUGCUCAAAGGUGUUGGGUGUUGUCCUGUUACUGUGUUUUUACCUAAAUGAUCCUAAAUGGAAAAGAACAGGAAUACUGUUUUCUUGAUCAUCAAGUAUCAGUUCCUUUGUGUAUAUUACAAAUGUAGGGUAUCAUACAUCUGUAGUCACACUUUGUGGCUAAAAGAAUUUUGGCUAAACUUGAAUUUACUUAGAUAAUCAAAAAGGGAGGUGCUUGAAAUGUUGCUCUAUUUCGUCUCUAGUCUCACAUUCAUGUAGCUAAAAUAAGUCUGAUGGGAUUUAGUUCAGUGUUUUCCUUCCUUAAAGGCUCAACUCCAACCCAGACAGAUGUUACUCUCAGUUUUCUCAUUUCAGACUUUACCUCAGCAUGUUAUGUGCCCAUAUUAAAUAGUAUAAAAAUGAUUUGAGAUGAUAUUUUGAGUAAAAUCAUAAUACACUUUCACAACUUGUAUUGAAAUGACCGUCUGGUCAACUGCUAGUUCUGAGCUAGUCACAACUCUCCCAGACUUUGUGUAAUGAUUCACCAUGUAAUACGAAUGCUACAGAGAAACAUCUCUGUUGCCUUAGUGAAUGUGUGCUGUGGUUAAAAAUCGGCACUGGUGCACCUUGACCUUUCACAAAGAUGAUAAAUCAUCUUUGUCCUUGCUGUGCAUAUAAACAGAUGACAGCUCGAGGUUUCGCCUUGACUGUACAACUGAAUAUAUGACACUUGCAUCCCUCAACCUUCGUAUCCUACCAAAGGUAGACCAACACAGCUUCACUGAUUUUUCUUCAGAGAUGUUUCACUGUGAUUUUCAGUGGAAGAUCAGUUGUGAAGAGUUCAGUUCUGUGCAGAGAAACAGGUUAAAUCUUUCCUACACCCUAGUGUUUGUUUCACUUUGCAUAAAUAUGUUCUCUAUAAGGACACUGUCAUGUGUAGAGUGUGUGCAUGUGCCAGCUUUUACAGAUUUGAACAUGUUUAGAUAUUAGAGAUGAAAUUUCACAUUAAUGCAGUACUGUAAUCAAGCACAAUGAAUGUGAGAGUAUAACCCCCCCCCCCCCCCCCCCCCCCAAGACCGGAAAGAAAAUGCACUUUUUUUCACUGCCAUAUCUUAAUUGUUCAUCCUUAACAUCAUAACCCACGUGUGUUCAUGUAGGUUUUUACGUUUGAUGCUUAUUUUGAGUGACUGAUUAUUGAUAGAUGCAGAUUAUUUUGGGCUUCUGAAGUGUGGAAAGUAAUAGGUGAAACACCAAUGUUUUUCCUCAACUUGUAUUUUGUAUUUCAUUGACUUGUAGCCUACUUUGUUACCUUUUUCAUCUUUUAUAGGUCUUUUUUUCCUGUUCCAUGUGAAACGUUUUGUCUCAGUGCUAUGUACGGCAUUUUGAUUACGUUGUUGUAUAUCACUACUUAACACCUGUUGUUUGAGUUUUAAAUUAAUUGUUUUAACAACAACAAAAAAUCAAAUAUAUGAAAAAUAAAUAUAAAUUCAAAAUCGUUUUCUAUUAAAA